UUCCCACAGACGGACCAAUCAGCGGCGCCCAUGCGCAUCGAUGGGACGUCACGUCAGCUGCCGUCGUGUCGGGAUUGGAAUGUUACCGACUAACAAUCGGAACAACUGAGCACUCGGUAAUUGGACACUAGGAUCAAGGAAUCUCGUCCUUUUGAACAUUUUCUCAGCUAUUUACCCAGUCUGAGGUUAGCGUUUGUUUCCCUCGUGUCGACCGGAUAACUUCGCCUGUUGCGGGGCUCCCCGCCGAGCCAGGUUUUAUUCUAUAUCAGCGCGUAUGAGGGUUUGUGGGGAGGUUGUAAUAAAUAAGAAGAGAAAUGCAGGGAUUCGUCAGGUUACAGUUGUACCGCUGAGCUGCCCCUUACGCUACGACGCUUCUGCCGGUUUUUUGCUUCUCUUCACACGGGACCAUGGAGUGAUAAAAGAGGGGGAAUAGGACGAAUUCACCCUGAGGCAUUUGGAUCCGAGCGCGGCGGCCACAGCGACGGGUUUUUACACUCCUUGGUCAAUGUGUUACCGAGUUUAACAUCCAAACCGGGGUAUACCUUUCCGUCUGGGAGAGCCUCUGGGACCCCUGCCGCUGUUCAUCCAGGGGGAGAGACUUCCCAGACGGCUGUCGGACAAUUUUUGAUUUGAAUAGACCCAUAUAGCCAGCCUGAAUGAGGCUGAGAAGAAGCGCAGGGGAAGAGACCCGCUGCGUGUGAUUGUCCGGGCAGCACUGGUCUUUUUAGGUGCACCCAAGCCCCGCUGAAGGCGCCGUGCGAUAUGGUGAAACUCUACAGAAGAGGGAGAACUGGACAAUACUUUUAAAAUCGCCCACAUGCACUGGAUCAAUUGCUGGAUUUGGGAACCGAAUACGCAGAAGGAGGGUUGGGGAUCCUUGGAAGCUGCCGGAGGAUGGAGCGGUCUAGCCGGGGUUGGUGAGAGCCUAACUUCGGGCCACUUUACAUUUCUAAUUCCUAAACAACUCGCCCCUGUUCCCAGGACACAUGCAGGCCAAAAAACGCUACCUGAUCCUGCUCUCCGCCGGUGCAUGUCUAGUGCUUCUCUUCUACCUCGGAGGGGUUCAGCUUCCAGCGGCGAGCAGGAGCCGGCAUGACCGCAGCCGAAAUGGGUACCGGCCCGACCAACCCUGGCCUCACUUCUCGGACCCUUUACACCUCUUCCUCCCCUGGGAUCAGACGGACACCGAGGAGUACAACCUGCACAUAUCUCCGAGGCAGAAGAGGGACGUCAACACGAGUGUUUACAAAGGCAAACGGUGCCGCAUGGACUCAUGCUUUGAUUUCUCUCUGUGUCAAAAGAACGGAUUCAAAGUUUACGUUUACCCGCAGCAGAAGGGGGAGAAGAUCUCAGAUAGUUAUCAGAAUAUUUUAUCGACCAUUGAAGGGUCCAGGUUUUACACCUCAGACCCCGGACAGGCAUGUCUGUUCGUCCUAAGUCUGGACACUCUGGACCGGGACCAGCUGUCCCCGCAAUACGUCCACAACCUGAAGACCAAGGUCCAGAACCUGCCUCUGUGGAACGACGGCAGGAACCACCUCAUAUUUAACUUGUACUCGGGGACGUGGCCGGACUAUACGGAAGACUUGGGCUUUGACAUCGGUCAGGCCAUGUUGGCCAAAGCCAGCAUCAGCACCGAGAACUUCAGGCCCAACUUCGACGUAUCCAUCCCCCUCUUCUCCAAGGAGCACCCGAGGACCGGCGGAGAGAGGGGGUACCUCAAGUACAACUCCAUCCCGCCUUUUAGAAAAUACAUGCUGGUGUUCAAGGGGAAGCGCUACCUGACAGGUAUCGGCUCGGACACCAGGAAUGCCUUACAUCACGUCCACAACGCAGAGGAUGUGGUGCUGCUCACCACCUGCAAGCAUGGCAAAGACUGGCAGAAGCACAAGGACGCACGCUGUGACAAGGACAACGCAGAGUAUGACAAGUACGACUAUAAGGAGAUGCUCCACAACUCCACCUUCUGUUUGGUGCCCCGCGGCAGACGACUGGGCUCUUUUCGCUUCUUAGAGGCGCUGCAGGCUGCGUGUGUGCCGGUGAUGCUGAGUAACGGAUGGGAGCUGCCUUUCUCCGAGAUCAUCGACUGGAACACAGCCGCAGUCAUCGGCGACGAGAGGCUCCUGCUGCAGAUUCCAACCACAGUGCGCUCCAUCCACCAGGAUAAGAUCCUGUCCCUCAGGCAGCAGACUCAGUUCCUGUGGGAGGCCUACUUCUCCUCCGUGGAAAAGAUAGUGCUGACCACACUGGAGAUCAUCCAGGACCGCGUGUUGGAACACGGCUCCAGGAGCAGCCUGAUGUGGAACAGUCACCCUGGGGGACUCUUCGCCCUGCCUCAGUACUCUGGAUACCUGGGAGACUUCCCCUUCUACUACGCCACACUGGGUAUUAAACCGUACCCCAAGUUCACAGCGGUCAUCCAUGCUGUUUCCCCUCUGGUGUCCCAGUCCCAGCCCAUACUCAAGCUCCUGGUAGCUGUGGCCAAGUCCCAGUACUGUGCACAGAUCAUUGUCCUGUGGAACUGUGACAAGCCUCUCCCUGCUAAGCACCGCUGGCCUGCCACCUCAGUGCCCGUCAUCGUCAUCGAGGGAGAAAAUAAGGUGAUGAGCAGUCGUUUCUUGCCCUACGAGACGAUAGUGACCGAUGCUGUCCUCAGCCUGGAUGAAGACACAGUGCUGUCCACCACAGAGGUGGACUUUGCCUUCACCGUCUGGCAGAGUUUUCCAGAGCGAAUCGUAGGUUACCCCGCUCGUAGUCACUUCUGGGACAGCAACAAGGAGCGUUGGGGCUACACAUCCAAAUGGACCAACGAUUAUUCGAUGGUGCUGACUGGGGCCGCCAUCUACCACAGGUAUUACCACUACCUGUACACCAACUACUUACCCACAAGUCUGAAGAGCAUGGUGGACCAGCUGGCCAACUGUGAGGACAUCCUGAUGAACAUCCUGGUCUCUGCUGUCACCAAGCUGCCGCCCAUCAAGGUCACGCAGAAGAAACAGUACAAGGAGACCAUGAUGGGACAGUCUUCGAGGGCUUCUCGCUGGGCCGAUCCGGACCACUUUGCCCAGCGGCAAACCUGCAUGAACAAGUUCGCCAGCUGGUUUGGCGCCAUGCCGCUGGUCCACUCGCAGAUGAGACUGGACCCUGUCCUGUUCAAGGACCAGGUCUCCAUUCUCCGCAAGAAAUACAGGGACAUCGAGAGGCUCUGACAGGACCGGCGCCCCCUCGGGGGAGACCCCACACAGGGGGAGGCACGAGAGAGAGACUCUGUGGAGAGUAGGAGUAGUAGGACUACAGUAGGAUGGACAGGGAGCGACACAGCUCUGUCUUCCACUCAGCACAUUGCCAAUGACCACAACGCCGCUGCUGCCAGGACUUGAUGCAGGAAGGGAUGAAUAGGAAACAAGCAGAUGGCGUUUGGAUAUGAAAAACACAAACAAAAAACGCAAACACAGACCGACAAAGAGGAGUACACAAACUGAUGGACAUGCCAAACAUUACUGUAUGUUUUGCAAAUGUGCAAACACACAGCACACACUACUGACGACGAGAACUCUUUUUGUACAACAUGAACAAGUACGACAUUGACUUUCCUGCUCUCUCGGCACAUGUGCAGGACUGUAGAAGAGGGAAGGUGUCCAUGAUCGCAAACCUGGCAACCCCACCCACCAUAAAUCCUACUGGUCGCCCCUAGCAACCCUUCCCAGUCUGCAUCAGGACUUAUUCCUGGACUCACUACCGAACCCCUGGUUUAUAGCCGAGGAAACCCUGUUCUUUAGUUGAUUUGAUUUCUGUACAAAUCAGCGCUCUGGUAUCACUGUUGACCCUUUCUCCUCUCUGAGAGGUUUGAAAUCAGAGCGUCAUCAGGAAAAGGUAAACAGCAGAGUCCAACCUGUUAUUACAGUGGCCUGACAAGGUUUUUAUAGCAAAGCAGCCAUUAUUUCCUGAAGAUUCUCAGCUAUCGACACACAUCCUUGAGCCUGAAGUCUAAAAAACAUCCCGUCUGUCCUAUCCUUGGCUCAUUCCUUGAUGUGAGGAUAUGGCUUUUAUAAUGGUCUAUCUGCUUCCCUGUUAUCACUAAGAUAAGUUAGAAAAACAUCUCGUUUCAUAUCCCAUUUUCCUCUCAUACUUGCCACGGCAGUUGUACUUUUCUCAUCUUUUUUUUCACUUACUUUCAUCAUCUUUUAUUUCCCUUCAAACUCUCUGUACUUUCACUUUUCUGUGUGUGUGUGUGUGUCUCUGUGUGUUCGUGUGUCCAUGUUGUGUGUACAGAGCCUUGAAAAGUUGGCUCACCCAACCAUAAGCUCACACAGAGUACACUUUCUCUCCAUUGGAAUGAGCGAAAUGAACAUUUCUGGAUGAAAUGGAGCAGAACGUUGCAUUCUAACCCAAACUCGUUUCAACCAUGUAUUUCUUCCUGCAUGGCCUCGGAGCAGCAUCCUUACAGGGAGAAAUGGAAUAAAAUUUCAGACCAUAGCAGGUCUUUAGUGACCAGUGUCAUUUCACACGAGUGCUUAUAGAGAGAUUUUUAACAUUGAGCGCAUCAGUGCCAUUCUGACAUCAGGGUCUGCCUUUAAAAUUGUUUAUUGCACAUCACGUUGCCUACAUCAGUUUGAGAUGCCUAGAUGCUCGUGUUGAAAUAUUCUAGUCAUCAGUCGGAUGUGGCUCUCCUGCAGCCAUGAUUUGUUUUUUUCCCGUGACAUAUCAGAGGACCUCGGAGCCAUUAACUUGACAAAAGGUUUUCUCCUCCAUUUGUCAGGCAGAGAUACGUUUUUGCUUCAAUUAGGUAAACCUUUUUCAUUUGGAGUGCUGUUUUAUUCCCAAGGGACAAGCUGUUGAUGAAACACUCUAACGUUAUGGAGCAUUGUGUUGUGAAAGCAGUGACCCACGCACAUGACCUGCUGGCUAAUGCUAGCUUUGGGAGGACAGCCCCCCCCGCCUCACCUUGAUUGUGGCCAUUACUUGCUGUUGUAUCCACAUCAAACCGCCUGACAUUUCGCUCCUUAAAUUACCUUUCUGGUAUUGGACAACCAGAUGAAAAUGCUAAAAUAACAUGCUAUCUCAACCUUUAAUUGAUCAUUUUAAAGAUAAAACGGGGCUGCUACACGCUGUCAUUAGGUCUGCAUGCAGCAUGUGGCGGGGAGCACAGGCAGUCCACUCUCACAUUCAGUUCGAGACACUUGAAUGAAAGCAGCGUGCUUUUAGUGGCCUUCCUGUCAGGCAGGCAUUCAGUCAUUCAUUCUGUCUCAGCCAAAGCUUUUCAGUGUGUUUGUGUUAAUCAGUAGCUGACAUCAACAUCGUCACACAUUCAAUGACUGUUUUACUUUGAGGUUUUUUUCAUUGAUUUGUUUUCAUUUUGUUCUACAAAUAUUUAAUAUUAAAUGUAUUGUAAAGCCUUUACAGUGUCAACAAAGGUUCAUGCUAUGAAUUGUCAUAUCCAAAUGCUAGUACAGCAAAGCUUCUCUGUUUCAGAGUAUCAUAUGAAACCCGGCAGGACUGUCGUAUUUUGUUUUGUUUUCCUCACGUCAUUGUUUUGAAUAUCAUUUGUAUUUACAUUCUGGGUCUUAAAGGUUGGAGUGUUAUUUGUUUCCCAGUAGAGAUUUAUGAUCUGUUUUAAUGUGGAGUCACAACAGUGAAUGUUCACUCAUUUGCAGCACGUGAUUCUGGGAAAAACAUACUCCUCACUGCAUCUGGUCCCUAUUUCAUCUUCAGAGAACCAUAUUGUUCGAAUCCAUAUCAAGCCUUUUAUGUCUGAUCGUUUGAAUCACUGUUGUUGAUCAUCUCAAGAAAACCGCGUCCCCCAGCUUUGCAGAAAUUUCACACACAAAAAAAAUGCGACCCAUUUUACAUCCCUGCGACUCUCAGCAUUGUACAUAGGCAUAUAUUUAUUUUUUGGAAAGAAAAAACAAAAAACAGACUGUGUACGAUUUGAGAUAACGUGGCGAGAACCUAAGACUUAAGGGAGUUAAUGGUAUUUAUUCAGUUUAUUUUCGACACGCUGUGCACAUUAAUCCACAAAGACGCCAAUAUACUGCUCUUAUUACGUUUCACUCUGCAGUGGUUUUCCAGGGAAAUGUAUAUCACGCUCUUUCUCAUAAAAAAACUCUUUGAGAGUGAUGUAACAUUUUCAGUCGUAAUAGUGGAGUUUUAAAAAAGAUUGCAUACACUAGUAAUCUAGAAUUGGAUUGGGCCGCACCAUCUUGGUUCUCCGCGGGAGUCAAAUUGCAAAGUCCCAAUAAAGACUACGCCAACUGAAACAUGGAAAAUAAUAAACAGCUGGGUCCCCUGUACCAGAUGGAAACAUUUUCAGAUUGUGUUGGAACACCCCCAUGCUUACAAUAAUGGGUCUGAGGCUCUGAUAAAGUUUUUAAAAUGCCUCUUUCAAAAUUUGGUUUCAGGUCAGAUGACUUGGCAGCAGAAACGGCUCCAUCUUUCAGUUGGCGUGCUAUACAGUACGUCAUCGAGUCCAGAGCUCAGUCACAGUAUGAUGGAUGUGAUUUAGGCCACCAGGAAAACCUCUGCAUCCGCUAAAAGGCCUCUGUCGUGUCUGUCAUUUGAUCAGGUGGAACAUUAUGCAAGUUAUCAUUGUGUGCUUCUAAACAGAUGGAAGGUUUACCCAAAAUGUGCCAGGCAGUUGGUGUUUAUAGUGGCAGCAGCGUGUGUGCUGGAAACUAGUCUGUUCUUGAUUUGUGCCUUUUAUCAACAUGCGAGUUCUUGACAUGCCGAGCACUGUCUGUCCAAGUUUUGUUAUUUCCAGCAGACAGGCAGCAAUAGCACCAUAUGCAGGGCCCCAACAGCCCUGCCUUCAUACACUGGAUGAGUCACAGCUUCCAUUCUCUUAUUAUAAACACCCCGUUUUCAUCUUUGUGUUUGGGACACCGUUGCUAAGGCGACAACGUUAUGACCACAUCCUUCUUGGGAUUAUUUAUCAGUGAUUGGCUGUGUCACAUUACCAAUCAGCAGUAAAAUCUGUUGAUCUGUAAGGACUCGGUCAAGCCCAGCUGUCCUGAUGCCUUCUCCUCUCUCCUACCUUGUAAUUAACAGAAGACUUUUAUAGAGGUCACAAAUGAAAUAGAUAAAUGCCAAUUUUGUAAGAAUGAUUUAUAAAAAAAAUAAACUCAUAUUUGAUGAUAAA